AUGUAUCUCUACAAUCUCACUCUCCAGCAAGCUUCCGGCAUAGUCUGCGCCGUCACUGGAAAUUUCUCUGGUGGACCGACAACCAACACAGAAGAAAUUGUCGUCGCAAGAGGCAAGAUUCUCGACCUUCUCCGACUUGACGAAAAAGGUAACAUUCUCAAGCUUCUCUCCGUUGAAGUCUUUGGUUAUAUUAGAUCCUUAGCUCAGUUCAGAUUACCCAAUGCCGACAAAGAUUACAUUAUUAUUGGUUCGGAUUCUGGACGGAUGGUCAUACUAGAAUACAAUAAAGAAGAUAAUGUUUUCCAUAAAAUUCAACAGCAGAUUUUGGGGAGGACUGGUUGUCUACGUACAGUGCCUGGACAGUACUUGGCAAUUGAACCUUAUGGUAGGGCUGUUAUGAUUGGGGCUUGUGAGGAGCAAAAACUGGUUUUUCUGUUGACUAGAGGGGAUAAGAAAGAUGGGUUAACAAUUUAUCCGCCUAUACAUGUGCACAACUCUAAAGUUUUAUGUUACUCGAUUUGUGGGGUUGAUCGUGGGUUUUGUAAUCCAAUAUUUGCUGCAAUUGAACUUGAUUAUAAUACUGAGGCUGCCUAUGCACAGAAAUGUUUGGUAUUUUAUGAGCUUGAUCUAGAGCAUACAGUUGUUUCAAGGAGAUGGUUUGAUCAGGUUGAUAAUGAUGCUAACAUGCUUUUAACUGUACCUGGUGGUGCAGAUGGACCUAGUGGUGUUCUUGUUUGUGCCGAGAAUUUCGUUAUAUACAAAAACCAGGGUCACCCAGAUGUUAGGGGUGUCAUCCCUAGACGAGAAGAUUUGUCAGCUAAUCGCGGCUCCUUGAUAGUUUCGGCUGUGGUUAUCAGGAAACAAUCCGUGUUCUUCUUUCUAUUGCAAACAGAAUAUGGUGAUAUCUUUAAGGUUACAUUAGACCAUGAAAACGAUACGGUGAAGGAGUUAAGGAUUAAGUACUUCGACACAAUUCCUGUUUCGUCUUCACUGUGUUUGCUGAAGUCUGAUUUUCUAUUCUCUGCAUCUGAGAUUGGUAAUCAUGGGUUGUAUCGAUUUAAUCCAAUUGGAGAAUUUACUGAUGUGGAAUCUUCCUCGAAUAAACAGUUGAAAACAAGUGAAGGUUUCCAUCCUCUUCCUUUCCAGCCGAGGAAGCUGAAGAAUCUCCUGAGGGUUAACCAAGCCCAGAGCUUAAUGCCGAUAAUCGAUAUGAAAGUUGAUAAUCUUUACGGAGAAAUCCCCCCUCACAUUUUCACUCUAUGCGGGAGUGGUCCUCGUUCCACUCUUAAGAUAUUAAGACCGGGCUUGGCUGUAAGGGAAAUAGAGAAAUCAUAUCUUCAUGAAGUCCCAACUGCUAUAUGGACAGUGAAGAAGAAUGUGAAUGAUGAAUUUGAUGCGUAUAUCGUUGUUUCAUUUGCUCAAACAACUAUUAUGUUCUCUGUUGGUGAAAUUACUGAACAAGUGAGACUUACUGGUUUCCUGGAAAACACACCUUCACUUGUGGUUUCUUUGAUAGGAAACGAUACUUUGAUGCAAGUUUAUUCUGGUGGGAUUAGACAGAUAAAGGAACAAGGUCUAGUUGAUGAGUGGUUAGCCUCAAAGAAGAGAAGAAUUGUUAAAGUCGUAGCUAACAGACUUCAAGUGAUUAUUGCAUUGAAUGGAGGAAAGCUUAAAUACUUUGAAGUGGGUAAAAACGGUCAGCUGAAUUUUGUUAAUAAGAAAAAGAUAUCUGGAACUGUGGGUUGUUUGGCUAUCGCCCCUGUUCCAGAAGGAAAAAAGAAAUCACGGUUCUUCGCACUUGGAUCAUGCGAUAGAUAUGAUAAUAACCGCAUUUACAUAUUUUCUUUGGAGCCUAAACAUUGUAUGAAGCUACUAAGUUUGCAAAGUAUUUAUUCAUUACCAGAAUCCCUUAUCUUUCUUGAUGAUACUACUAGUCUGUUUCUCAAUGCUGGUUUAGAGAAUGGUGUAUUGUUCAGAACGGGUGUGAACCCGGUGUCAGGUCAGCUUGAUGAUACCCGCUAUCAACCAUUAGGGAUAAAUUCCCCCAAACUAUUAUCUAUCGUGGUUGGAGGAAUACCUGCUGUGUUAUGCUUGUCGAACCGGAGUUGGCUUGGUUUUGUACAUCAAGGUGUUUUUAUUCUGGCACCACUUUCAUAUGAAAGUUUUAAGCACGCUGCUUCAUUUUCGUCUGAUCAAUGCAGGGAAGGUGUGGUGGGUGUUAAUGGGGCUGAAUUAAGGAUCUUCGUUGUUCAAAAAUUGGGAGAUCAGCAGCCGUUUAACCAAAUUUCAUAUCCGUUGAGGUACACACCGAGGAAGGUUAUUAUUCAUCAACAGCAACAUGAACAGCAACAACAGAAAAUGUUGGUUAUUAUCGAGAGAGAAAAGGGAGUGAUUAAUGCUGAAGAUCGUGAGUAUGAGAAAAACGAGUGUUUUGAAGUUGCAAGUUGGAUUAAGGAAAGUGCGGAUGGUGAUGAUGAAGAAGACAUGGAAGAUCCUUUCUCUGAUGAGCAGUUUGGGUAUCCCAAAGUGGAAUCUGAUAAGUGGGUUUCUUGCAUAAGGAUUUUAGAUCCAAAGAAUGGAGACACCACUUGUUUAGUGGAGCUUGAGGAUGAUGAAGCUGCCUUCAGCAUAUGCACAGUGAAGUUUAAAGAUGAUGAAACAGUCUUGGCUGUGGGUACAGGUAUUGGUCCUAAGGAAGAUGAAGUAUCUGGUGGAUAUAUUCAUAUUUAUAGAUUUGUGGAUUGGGGAAAGAAAAUAGAACUUUUGCAUAAGACGGAAGUGGAUAACCUUCCUCUUGCUUUGUGCGAAUUCGAAGGAAAGUUGCUUGCUGGAGUUGGGAAGAUGCUGCGAUUAUAUGAUUUGGGUGAAACCAAAUUGCUUAGACAAUGUGGUGACAUGUUUCCCUGCAGAAUUAAAUCUAUUCAAGUCUACCGUGAUCGAUUUUAUGUAUGUGAUGAUGAGGUAGGUAGCUUCUUCCGCUAUUGCAAGUAUCUUCCUGGCCCUGAUCCAGGCGGAAACCAACUAUACAUGUUUGGUGAGGAUUCAAUAGAAAGAUGUAUUACUGCAUCUCAUCACAUAGACAUCGAUACAAUGGUUGGUGCAGACAGGCUUGGGAAUGUCUUUUUCUUACGGUUACCCACGGAUGUAUCAGCAGCAAUAGAAAAAUGCCCAUAUGGUGAUGGAACCCCCAACAAAAUAGACGAAAUAGUCCAUUUUCACGUUGGUGAUGUUAUCACUUGCUUGCAGAAAACAACUCUAACUCCAGAUGGUAAAGAGUGUGUCUUAUAUGGAACUAUAAUGGGGAGUUUAGGAGCAUUACAUGCUUUUAGUUCUAGAGAUGAUGUUGAUUUCUUCUCAAGAUUUGAAAUACAAAUGAGGCAGGUUCAUUCCCCUUUGUGUGGACGUGAUCACUUGACCUUUAGGUCUUCUUAUUUUACUGUCAAGAAUGUGAUUGAUGGAGAUCUAUGUGAGCAAUUUCCAACAUUGCCCUUGAAAUUGCGCCGGAAAAUUGCUAGGGAAAUGGACAUAACUCAGGCUGAACUUCUAAGGAAACUUGAAGCAAUUCGAAAUAAGAUCAUUUGA